CGGAGUCUUUUUGUUUGAUUAGAUCUCAGGCGACUACAAAUAUUUCAUAGUAUUUAAUGAAGAAGAGAACAUGACCAACAACGUAAAUGAAAGGACCAAGGACCCCCAUGUCUGUGGACUCACCUGCCUGGGUCCUCUGACCUUCCACCCUGGGGCCGUGGGUAAGAAGAUCACCCUCAGCCAUGGCAACUGCAGGGCCUCGAGAGACUUGGAGACCUUCAGGGACGGCCUGGUGUUCAGCAGUCGCCCAGUGAAGCCCAGGGAGAAGGUCCAGUUCCGGGUGGAGCGCAGUCUUCUAGCCUGGGAGGGCGGUGUGCGGGUCGGCUUCACCAACGUAUGCCCGACCACCGCCGGACCACUUCCUCCGCUGGCCUGUCCCGACCUCACAGACAAGCCCGGGUACUGGGCUUUGCCAGUGCCACAACGGGACUGCCCACCUGGUACCAUGGUCUCCUUCUGGAUGGAUUCAACUGGACUGUUGUGUUACAAGACACCCGCUGAAACUUUCUGUAAUCAGACUGAUUUGGACCUCUCUCGGCCUCUCUGGGCUAUUAUUGAUGUCUACGGCCAGUCAACUACGGUGCUUUUACUCGGUUCUGUACGAAGGUUGAAUCGAUUUAUUAAGACAUCCUCCUGCCCUAUUCCUCGUAGCACAUUUGAAUGUGGCUAUGAAGAUACUCCACCUGAAUUAAAGAAAAGGAAAGCCAUCGCUGAAAGGAAGCUGAAACAGCAUCAAGAAGAUCAAAGUUACAAUAACAACUCUCAGAGAACAGGGUGCAGCAAGCAGGACUUGUGUGCGGUGUGUCUGGACCGCGGAAGCUCGUCUGGCCCCAGUGUGGACAUCGCUGCCUGUGCCUCCCCUGUGCUAACAGGGUGUUUGAGGAAUUCGCACGUGUCCACUGUGUCGGCAGAUUAUCUAGAAUUGUCCAAGAGCUGGAUGUGGAGCUGCCGCGGGUACACAUAG